CGCAGUAAUCUCUCUUAACACAACAGACAGGAUAACCGCACGCGCUUUUGAUCUUCGCUCUUCCUUGCGUUCCUCGUGCGAUUGCAAUCAUGGGAUUUUACUGUAGUACGUUUUGACGUCAGAAUGUCUAUUUAAAAAAAAAAGAAGACCCGCCUUGAUCAUUAGAGGAGCCGUGUCGCUGGUCUGGAGAAAGAUGUUUGAAGCUUAAAGCUCUCUCUCUCUCUCUCUCUCUCUCUCUCUCUCUCUCUCUCUCUCUCUUCCCAACAGUUCUAUUUGUUUUUAUUUUCCUGCCGCCGCGUUUGGAAAUUAAAAUAAUAAUCAGUAAUGUUCACGUUCGCUGCCUUCUGUUACAUGCUUUCCCUCGUCCUCUGCGCUUCCCUCAUCUUCUUCGCCAUCUGGCAUAUUACAGCCUUUGAUGAGCUCCAUGCGGACUUUAAAGUCCCAAUUGAUCAGGGCAAUCCAUUCCAUGCCCGUGAAAGACUUCGGAACAUUGAGCGAAUAUGCUGUCUGCUCCGAAAGGAUACUGAUUUGAAAUGUGAACCACUGAAGACCUGUGAACCUUUUUUUUGCUGGCGAUCAAAGGCUACAUCGACUAAAUAUGUGACCUGGACAAUUGACUUCGCAGCAUUCUAUGAAGAUCCGUCCAUGUGUAAAUUCCACAUCAAUAAUAAUGUUUUUGUUGAAUUUGUCAGCUUUUUUUAUGUUCUAGGGUACUGGGUUACUGUAAUGAUCACUGUUUGUCUGUCCUUCCACCAGCUGGUGCUUCCAGAGUAUUCAAUCCAUGGUCUCUUCUGUAUCAUGUUCAUGUGUGCCCAAGAGUGGCUAACUGUGGGCCUCAACAUCCCUCUGCUUUUCUACAACACAUGGAGGUACUUCCACAGCCCCACAGACACCAAGGAGCUGCUUUACGACCCAGCGAGUGUCAUGGACGAUGACACGCUUAAGUUCUGCCAGAAAGAGGCGUGGUGCAAGAUGUCCUUUUUCGUGCUUUCCUUCUUCUAUUAUCUCUACUGUAUGAUCUACAAUUUGGUGACCUCAUAACAGAGCUCUUGGCACAGAGGGGAAAUAUUUGGACUAUUUUCUCAAACGUUGUAGCAUUAAAACUAAUCACUGGACCUCAAACGAGAACCUUUUAAAAACACGUAAUUAUUUGGCGAGCAGAAGAAAUACGGCUUCGACCGUGUGGCUAUGAAAGCAUGAAAUUCCGGAAAGCCUACGAGCUGCACAACGUGAGGCACUUGGGAUAAUACAUGUAGCACACGUGGAAUUAACGUUGCACUCAGACGUAUCACGUGUCCUUCGACAUAUCCAGGAUAAAUAUGAAAUUUAAACAGGUGUUAUGGGAAAUGACGGGAAGCCUAAGCAAAAUGGUGGAUUUUUACCAGGCCAGUGUACAGUGUGAAGACCAAAAGCAGUUCUCAAAGGAAACACAUACGUUUUGUGGAUAUUUGUGUAUUUUGCUGUUGUUAGUUGUUUUAAAAGGAUAAAAAGUUAAAUAAUCUAUAUUUACAUAUGAUACAGAGAAUACAUUAUUAUUUAUACAUUAUUAUUAUUUCUAUACGAUACUGAGAAUACAGAAUUACACUCAAGUCUUCCUGUAUUUAGUACGUUUCACGCUAUUAUUCAUUUCAGGCAAUAAGUCACUAACAAUAACAUAUUUGUUCGUUUUUGGUCAUGGUCUGCAACUGCAGCUGUUUACAGUAGCCAAAAUGUCUCUUCUUUCAUCGUUAGACAAAAUAUUGAGAAAUAAAUCUCACCUUUAUUAUUAAUAAUAUUCAAAAGCAGGAUAGCUAACUAAGCUACAUGGUGUAGAUCGUUAGCUGGUAAAAGUUUGGACUAGUUAGUGGUAAUAUUAUGGUUACAG